CUCUUUUCAAUCUCUAUUCCCUCUGUUCACCGUCGCUUCAUCACUCGCCUCUUACCGUCUUUUAUGGUUUUACGUGGUGUCGGGUGUUGGAAAUAUGGCAUAUAAAGUCGAUCAUGAAUACGACUAUCUUUUCAAGAUAGUAUUGAUUGGGGAUUCUGGUGUCGGAAAAUCCAAUAUCCUUUCUAGGUUUACGCGAAAUGAGUUCUGUUUGGAAUCCAAAUCUACCAUUGGGGUAGAAUUUGCUACGAGGACAUUGCAGGUGGAGGGGAAGACUGUAAAGGCACAAAUAUGGGACACUGCAGGUCAAGAGAGAUACCGAGCAAUCACAAGUGCCUACUAUAGAGGAGCUGUUGGAGCCUUGUUGGUCUAUGACAUAACGAAAAGGCAAACAUUUGAAAAUGUGCAGAGGUGGCUUCGCGAACUAAGGGACCAUGCAGAUUCUAACAUUGUUAUUAUGAUGGCUGGAAAUAAAUCUGACCUGAAUCACUUAAGAGCAGUUGCUACUGAAGAUGCUCAAAGUUUGGCUGAGAAGGAGAAUCUGUCUUUUCUAGAGACUUCAGCAUUAGAGGCCCAUAAUGUUGAGAAGGCAUUCCAAACCAUAUUAUUGGAUAUAUAUCAAAUUAUGAGUAAAAAGGCGCUGGCAGCACAAGAAGCAGCUUCCUCCACUGGCCUUCCUCAAGGGACAACCAUAAAUGUCUCAAAUUUGUCAGGUAACGUGGAAAAGAAAUCUUGUUGCUCAAAUUAAACAGGAUAGCUCUGUGUAAAAAAGGAGAGGAGUGAACUUGCUCGUAGAAAAAUAUAGUUAUAUGAAUUAGUAACAUGAGGAAUACUUGCUACCGGCCGCCAGAUUUUCGUCUAUAUUAUUCUCC